UCUAAAUCCUUCAAAUUAAAGUAAAUCUUUAAUGGUUUUUGUGCAAAUUCAUGUGCGUUAUUGUUCAUCACAUCAUAAGUGAUGAUUGACAUCAUUUUGACAUAAAUCGCAUGUUUAAAAUAACGGUUAUGAAGCGAGUGCACUGAAUGCACCAAAAAAGUGAGUGCACCCAAGACGCCACCAUAUAUAUAUAUGCUAUCACGUAUCAUACAUGUCUGUAGGGUUUGUUAAUUCACUCCAAUAGCCAUUUGAUUUACCUCUAUGUGUCUCGGCUAGUACACAUAUAGCAUGUUUCGGCUAGGACACAAUUCAAUCAUUAUGUGAUUCCAGAACCAAUAACAUAAUAGUAACUAGAAUCUAAUGUUCUUCAACUACUUUUACAUUCCUGACUUUUCAAAAUUAAUAUUUUAACCUCGAGACCAGUCUUCUCCACAUACGCAUGCCAACUGGUUUCGUCCUGCCUUGGGCUCAUCAAGAAAGUGGCAAUAACCCCCGACCAGUUGUGCCCUACAAGAAACGAUCCCCGUCAUAGUCACAUCCUGACUCGGCUAGAAUGAUGCAUAGGCAAACAACGCCUUAUCGCUAGAGUCGCCCACUUUAUCCCUCGUGUGGGAAGCUAAGCAGAAGGCACGCGUUCUUCAGACGAUCAACACGGUCAUGAUAGGGGUGGUCACCAGUUUGGUUCGGUCGAAACUAAACCGAAAUGAAGCAUACAGGAUCCCCAAAACACUCUACAGGUCAAACCGAACUCGAACCGAAAUCUAUUUUGGUUCGGUCAAUCUGAAUCGGAAUAUAUGUCUGUUCGGUUUGGUAAACCCGACCAACCCGAGGCUUCACAUUUGCCUUCCCCCAAAACCCAAACCUUAAAGAGACGAGUCAAAGACCACCCACCUGCUUCCCAGUUCACACUUCCCUCUCCCUAACUCCUCUAACUCGACACCGCCUCCUCCCUCUCUCCUCGACCCCCCCAAAUGACCACCGCCUCCUCUCGCCGACUCCCCCAACUGACCACCACUUCGAGCUUUGGCGACAAGCUCGACUAGAACCAAGCAGAUCGAGAGGGUCGCGAUGUAGAAUAUCAAUGGUCGGAACUUCAAUCGGUGGUCUCAACGAGUUUCGCCGCAUGAAAAUGCUAGAUUCGGCGCGUCUACCUCGCUGAUUUCUCCUUAUCCACGCCGAUCUUCCCCUGCCUGCAUCGUUGGUUUGUUCUAGCAGUUGAUGUCGUCUGCAUGUGUUUGUCUGCGGUGAGAUUGAAGAGAAGGGAAGAGAAGAGAUGAUUCGGUGAUGCUAGUUUCGGCGGAUGCGACGGCGGGAUCCUCUUGUCUUUCUCAUUGUGCGUUGUCUUCCUUCUUCGGGUUAGCAGUUGAAGAGGGGAGGGUGUAGAGAUUAGAGAGUGUUUUGUUUGGGCUUCGGCCUGUGACGGUUGUGGUUGUGGGAGUGUGUUUGGGUGGGCUUGGGUCUGCGAGUGAAUGUGUUUGGGUGGGUUGUGAUGUUUGAGGGGCUAGGGUAAAGGUUUGGGGAAAGUGGGCUUAAAAAUAAUAUGUGGGUUGGGUUUAUUUUUUCGGUUUUCGGUUCAAAUUUUGGAAUAUCAGUUCGGUCGACCAGACCCUGGUUUCCAACUAAGUUGUUUCUUUAAAAUUACGUACCGAUUAAUUUUAGUUAGGUUUCGGCGUAGUAUGGAUUGGUUUCGGUUCGAAUCCAUUUGGGUUUACCAAACUGCAUGCCACCCCUAGGUCAUGACAUUCCGAGUCGUGACAUUCUCCACUGCUCAUAAUGCAGCAGGUUCUCGUGCUGGUGAAGAAUGAUUCUCUCCGCACCAUUUAUUGCAACGCUCGAACGGAUUGUGGCCCUUCGCAUACAGUACCAUCCCCUGAUAGACAGUCUCAAUUCCCAUCUCUCGCGCUAGCUUGUUGUGCCCCACGCACAUACCACGUCACCACUCGACAUCAACCUUCACUUUUUACUUCUGCUGCGUCCGUACCUCACUCAACUUUCACCCUAUGCUCCUCCCACUGUUAGUACCUCAAUCGACCUUCACCCUAUGCUCUCGCUAGUGUUAGUUCCUCGCUUGGUUGAUGUAUCUUGUACAUGUCGAGGUCCCUCAAAAUGGCGCAAUACAUAUGUAUCUACGUUCCGGACCACCUAAUACACACCCAGGACCGCCUCUCAUUCCGGCAUAGGAUCGGCCCAUACUCAACCAACUCCAUACUGAGAAAGGAACUAGGCUCUUCUCCCUAACCAGACUCUGAUACCACUUGUCACGGGAUGAGACUAGGGAUGGAAACAAAAUCCGAACCCACAGGUACCCACCCGACCCAACCCGGUCAACGCGGGUAAAACACGUGUUGACGGGUUUUGGGCCGGGUUCGGGUUUAAACCCGCUACACUAUUCACCGGGUCGGGUUGGGUUUGGGUUUAGGUAAACCCGCCCCAUGGGUACCCGCCCACACACAUAUAAUUACUUUCCCGGUAUAUUUAAUAUUCUAAAUAAUAUAUCUUCCUUAAAUAACUAAUAUUCUAUAUGUUUGUGGAGACAUGUAUAAUUUGUUCUUUCUAAUUGUUUAGAAUGAAGUUGAUAUUAUGAAGUGGAGAGUGAAGAAACUUAGUUGACGAGGAAGAAGCUUUCAAUUAAUCUUAUUGUUUAUAUAUGUUUAUCUUUAAUUUUGAACAAUUUGUAUUGAUCAUUUGCAGUUUGCUUAUAUGCUCUAGAUUGGUGUUUUUUGUAUGAUUAAUUUGUAUGAGAAAAUUGAUGUUAAACUUUUAUUUUGAAAGAAACUUGUUAUUGUAAAUUUUUACCACAAAAACCCACGGGUACCCAUGAACCCGCGGAUACCCAGCGGGUUGGGUUUGAGUUUUUCAAACCCAACGGGUUUUACCCCGGGUUUUUUUGGCGGAUAAACCCAUGGGUUUGGGUUUGACAAAACCCGCCCCAACCCGACCCAUUGCCAUCCCUAGAUGAGACUUCCAAAGUCCGUGCGGCGUUUAGGCACUCUCGCAACCUCGAGACCAACAUUCUCCACAUUCGCAUGCCAACUGGUUUCACCCUGCCUUGGGCUCAUCACGGAGGCGGUAAUAGCCCCCGACCAUUUCUACCCCACAAGUAGGCCUGUUAAUGAGCCAAGUUGAACCGAGCUUUGCCUUGUUCAGGGUUGGUUCGUUUAUAAACGAACAUAACUCGAGCUUGACUCGUUUAUGAAUGAGCUUAGUCAAUCCGAACAAGUGCCAGCUCAUUUAUUGAAUAUUCUUGGCUCAAUAUCGAAAUUUUGAAUCGAGCUCAAAAGUGGCAAAUCCUUUAGUGAUAUCAAUGUCGAAAUCAAUAUAUCCACCACUAAGAAGAUCUCGCACAAACAUUCUGGAUAUGAGAACACAAUUCAUAGCGUGUUGCAGCAGAAGUCUGUGCGUACCGUCAUGGUGUAGUUCUUCGUAAUGUAGCCCGAACACUUCGAUUUCAUGUCGUAGAGGGGAUUGACACAAUCUGCACCUCCAAGAGGAAGGUGUGGAGGCAAUGGCUCAUCUGCAAUAGUGGAUCCAAAAGAAGGGGCAACAUAAACUAUGAAGCACAAAAUGAGGAAGAGAGAGUAGCAGGCGAAAGCCAUAAUUGCUGAAAAAUUCAAUCCUUUCAUGAGCUCAAGUGGGAUCUUGAUAUAUAUACAUAUAAUGCAUAUCACGUAUCAUACAUGUCCAUAGUGUUUUUUAAUUCACUCCAAUGGCCAUUUGAUUUACCUCUCUAUGUCUCGGGUAGUACACAUAUCGCAUGUCUCGGCUAGAACACAAUUCAAUCAUUAUGUGAUUCCAGAACCAAUAGCAUAAUAGUAACGAGAAUCUAAUGUUCGUCGAAUACUUUUACAUUCCUCACUUUUCAAAAUUAAUAUUUUAACCUCGAGACCAGUCUUCUCCACAUACGCAUUACAACUGGUUUUGCCCUACCCUGGACUCAUCAGGGAGGUGACAGUAGCCCCGACCAGUUGUGCCCUACAAGCAACAAUCCCCAUCCUAGUCACAUCUUAACUCGGCCAGAACGAUGCACAAGCAGACAAUGCCUUAUCGUUAGAAUCGUCCCCUUUACCCCUCGUGUGGCAAGUUAAACAGAAGGCACGCGUUUUCAGAUUGUCAACACGGUCACGACAUUAUGAGUCGUGACAUUCUCCAUCACUCAUAAUGCAUUAGGUCCUCAUGUUGGGGAAGAAUAAUUCUCUCUGCAUCAUGUAUUGAAACACUCGAACUGAUCGUACGCCUUCGCAUACUGUACCAUCCCCUGAUGACAGUCUCAAUUCACAUCUCUCGCGCUAGCCUGUUGUGCCCCUUGCACAUACCGUGUCACCACUCGACAUCAACCUUCACUCAUCACUUCUGCUGCUUCAGUACCUCAAUCAACCUUCACCCUAAGCAGGGCGUUAGUAUCUCAAUCGACCUUCACCCUACGCUCUCACUAGCGUUAGUUCCUCGAUCGGUCGCUGCAUCCACUACGUGUCGAGGUCCCCCACAAUGGCGCAAUAUAUGUGUAUCUACUUUCCAGACCACCUUAUACACACCCAGGACAGCUUCUCAUUUUGGGAUAGGAUCGGCCCACACUCGACCUACACCAUACUGAGAGAGGAACUAGGCUAUUCUGCCUAACCGGACUCUGAUAUCACUUGUCACAGGACGAGACUUCCAAAGCCCGUGCGACGUCUUGAGGCUCUCACAGACUCGAGACCAACCUUCUCCAUAUUUGCAUGCCAACUGAUUUCGCCCUGUCUUGUGCUCAUCACGGAGGCAGCAAUAGCCCCUGACCAGUUGUGCCCCACAAGUAGGCCUGUAAAUGAGCCGAGCCGAGCCGAAGCGAGCUUUGUCUUGUUCAAGUUCUAUUUGUUUAUAAAUGAGCCAAACUCAAUUUUAGUUUGUUUAUGAAUGAGCUUGAUCCGAACACGACCCAACUCAUUUAUUGAAUAUUCUUGGCUCAAGAUUGAAAUUUCGGCUCGAGCUCGUCACCACUUGAUAUCAACCUUCACUCUUCGCUUCUGUUGCGUCUGUACCUCAGUCAACCUUCACCAUAUGCUUCUCUCACCGUUAGUACCUCAAUCGACCUUCACCCUACGCUCUCGCUAGCGUUAGUUCCUCGCUCGGUCGCUGCAUCCUCUGCAUGUUGAGGUCCCCCACAAUGGCUCAAUACAUGUGUAUCUACGUUCCAGACCGCCUGAUACACACCUAGGUAUGCCUCUCAUUCUGGAAUAGGAUCGAAGCACACUCGACCUACGCCAUAUUGGGAGAGGAACUAGGCUAUUUUGCAUAAUUAGAAGAAAAGAAAUUGUAUCAAAUUACCAACCUUCUCAGCCCCAGCCGCUGCUGCUUCAUCUCCCUCAAGCUGCCAUAUCUCUUCUUCCCAACCAACCUUCUUAGCCGUCACGAUUAUCCACUUAAACAACCAUCAUUUCAAUCAACGAUGACUAUUGGUUUGAGGGUUUCGGAGGUAAAUGUAAUUUUGCUGCAUAAGAGUCAAUUUUUAUGGGGUAAUCGAUAAGAUUUUUCUUCUGUGUGUUUUCAGAUUUGGCUUUGUACGAUAAAAACGAAUGUUACUAGCUUCUUCUCCUCCAGGGACCGGAAGUAUCCAAUUGGUUUCCGUCCGAAUAGAGUCGUCAAGACCGAAGAAUCUCGGUGGUGAUAAUUCGGUUGGAGUAAGCGUUGGUGUUCUACGCCAUCAUUCAUCUCCCUCAGCCAGACGUCAUCUCCCAUCUUACAACCCGACGCUCCUAGCCGCGACUGUCAUUGUUUUCGUCAUCCCUCAAACCACCAUCUCCUCAAUCGCGUCAAUAGGAAAGAACGGUGGGCACCAAUUGACGGUAGGAAAGCGGAGUGCAAGCGGCUUGAAGGGAUUUCACAGAUUAUUUUAGUUCAAUUAUUAGUUUUCUUUCUCGGUUUUCUCUUUGGAAAUUUGCCAGAUCCAUGAUUCGCCUUGUCUAGCUUGCUCCAGCAGUUGAGGGGUUCAUCAAUGAGUGAAGUAAAGAUGUAAUAGAAACGUGGUGAUGGCUACUUUUCAUUGCUCAAAGAUUUCGAUUAGGUCUUGGAUGUAUUCAUUUAGAGUGUUUUAUUGUAUUAAAAGGAUGUAUUCACG